AUGGUGUGUUCUCUGACCAACAACAACAACAAUAACAACAACCACAACAGCGGUAGCAAGACUUGCAACGAGACCGUUGGCGAUUCCUGCUCGCAGUCGCGGUCCAGCCCGGAGCCGCAGCCUGGCGAGAACAUGUCGCUCAGCGACGCUCACAGACGGAACAGCCACUUGGAAGGCGAUCGUAGCUCUUCGGCUGGCUCUUCUCUGGGCUCGUGUUCACCGCCACCGGCAUCCAGUCAUUCACCACCACCGCCAAGGCCACCGUGGUUGCACGAUUUUCACGCGGCGGCCGCACCUCAUGUUCUCCAAUUUCUCAACCUGAGCGCAGCCGGUGGAAGCAUGCUCGCCGCGAGUCAACCUUUAGCCGCGUUACACUCGAUGGCAGAGAGAAGUCACCAUCAGCAGCAUCAACAACAUCAACAACAACAGCAGCAACAACAGAGCCUUAAUCAUCAUCAGCAACAACAACAACCAGGUGGUAUUCAGUUGCCAAGGAUCAAUGUACCUUUGUCGACGAUUACUCAGGGACAAGCAUCACCGACCGGUAGUGGGAAACAUUCUCCAGCUACUUCAAUUACGUCCGUAGGGAGCAAUCCUCACGGUAUCGACACGAUACUGUCACGACCGGCGGCCACGCAUCCUCAGGCGCCUGUCUCAGCGACGCACGCCGCGCUACAACCGACGCCGCAUCCGCAACACAUGACGGCGCCGCGGUACGGCAUGCACGCGGGAUUCACCGCAUCUUCCGGUAUCGGGCAAUUUCAACAAAGAACGGAACCACGGCAUCCUGCUGUCUAUUGGCCAGGUCUUCAGGGAUUAGUCAGUGAUCCCCUGGCAUGGCGAGCAAGACUACACACACUGUCGCAACAGCUGGGUUGUCAGCAAACGAUGACAGGCUCCGGCGGAGCUGGCGAACACGAGGGUGGCAAGAAGAAGCACACCAGGCCGACGUUCAGCGGCCAGCAAAUCUUCGCCCUCGAGAAAACGUUCGAGCAAACGAAAUACCUAGCUGGCCCGGAGAGAGCUAAAUUGGCCUACGCCCUCGGCAUGUCGGAAUCCCAAGUCAAGGUGUGGUUCCAGAACAGGCGGACAAAAUGGCGGAAAAAGCACGCGGCCGAGAUGGCGACGGCGAAGAGGCGGCAAGAAGAAGUCGAGGGCGUCGUCGCGGAGGGCGAGGAUGGUUGUAGCGAUGCUGAGGCUGAUGGGAACAGUGAAACAGCGGCGAAAAGGCUCAGAAGAGAACUCGAGCAACAGUAUAGGCAUUAA